AUGACGGGUGCGAGCCACGAAGCUGGCGGCGACGGUAGAGACGUGCAAUCGUACGAGUUCCGCAUUGCCGCAACGUCACCUCGUCCUUCCCAGAGUGUGGUGGAGCUGGCACUGUCUUCGCUGCCUGGGGUGUCUGUGCUCGACGUCACCGUCAGGGAGGAGGAUGCGACGAUUGUCGUAAAGACGCCGUGGACGCGUGAGACGCUCGGGAGGAAGUUUUACGACGCCAUCACCGCACUUGGCUAUGUUAUUGCCGUAGAUGCUCCUGUGGAAAGCCAAUUUCUUAUUGAAGGCAUGUCAUGCGUGUCGUGUGCUGCACGGAUUGAGUCCCACGUGCGGAGUCUGCACGGUGUGGAGAAGGUGACGGUAAACUUUGCGACGAUGACUGCCCUCAUUCUGCAUCAUUCUCAGCUGUUGACGACCAGAGAUUUAAUGAACGAAAUUGGUGGUAUGGGAUACCGUGUUAGGCUGCGGUGGUUACGAGGAAACAAGAACAAGUCGCGAAGAAGUUCUUCAGGUUUUAUUGAGCAGAAGCUGAUUAUAGGUGGGCUAUCAUCAGCGGAGUCUGCGGCAUGGGUUCAGAUGUACAUCCAGCGCUUAAGUGGCGUAAAGGACUGCACCGUCAACUUCUUGACGGGGGAGUGUGUGGUGACGUUGGACCGGAAGGAUGUUCUUCUGUGUGUCGGGGAGGCAAUUGCCUCCAUGGGAUAUACAGUCGCCGUGUCGGAGUUGGACUGCGCCUCAGAUGGGGUGUUUGUUGAUGAUAUGCGGGAGGCCUUGGAGCGAACAAGAGAAAUUGCAGAGCACAAGGCGCGCUUUGUGGGUGCCGCGGUGCUGUCAACGCCGCUGGCACUUGUUAUGUUCCUCAUGGCGACAACCAAUGUGAUGAAUAACACGGGAAAGAUGUUUUUGUUGGAUCUUGUUCAGCUCUCUUUGACGACACUGAUUGUUUUCCACUAUGGUUCUGUGUUCUUUUACAAUGCAUGGCGGAGCCUGCGGCACGGGGAGAGUACGAUGGAUACGCUGGUUGUCAUUGGAUCUGGUUGCUCCUAUGUAUACUCUCUGGGGGCGUGUGUUAUGAUGCUUCUGACGGAGCGUCAUUUAGUCACAUAUUUUGAUGCCGCGGGUAUGCUAAUUACCUUUAUGCUGCUGGGGCGUUUUCUGGAGGCGCAGGCAAAGCGCAGUACAAGCGAUGCACUCAUUGAGCUAAUGAACUUGGCGCCGCCUGUCUCCAUCGUUGUAACCGCGCAAGGUGACAUAACAAUACCGUCCUCGAUGGUGGAAAAGGGAAUGCGGCUCCGCGUGCUAGCUGGGGACCGGAUGCCUGUCGACGGCACCGUUGUGGAGGGAAUCUCAGAUGUGGAUGAGCAGAUGGUGACGGGUGAGGUUGUCCCCAAGACAGUAGGCCCAGGUUCUACCGUGAUUGGGGGGACAACAAACAUGACGGCAAUGCUGGUGGUGGAGGCAAACAAAAUUGGGGAUGAAACGAUGCUGUCGCAGAUUUUGCGCUGCGUACAAGAGGCACAGAACACCAAACCCGAAAUUCAACGCAUUGCCGACAGAAUAGCCGCGUAUUUUGUUCCUUUUGUUAUCGGCUUUGCAGUGACUGUCCUUUUUAUUUGGCUUUUUCUUGGUGCUUUCAAUAUGUACCCGCCGAUGUGGCGCAGGGAGAAGGAGACCAUCGUCAUGUUUGCGUUUGAAUUCUUCAUUGCUUCCGUGGUGGCGGCGUGCCCCUGUGCCUUGGGGCUUGCAACGCCGACUGCCAUCAUGGUGGGUACCGGCGUCGGAGCGAAGACGGGGAUUUUGGUAAAGUCUGGGAAAACGCUUGAGGCCGUGCACCGAUCUCGCUGCAUUGUCUUUGACAAGACGGGCACCAUCACCAAUGGGCGGUUGGAGGUUGUCUUUAGGAUGUGCUGGGGUGACAACGUCGAUGAGGUCAUAAAGAUGGUGGGGUUUGUAGAGCGGCUCUCAAGCCACCCUGUGGCAAAGGCUCUGGUCAAAGGGAUUUCUGAGGUGGGCCCGGAGGUCGUGUACGAUGUGGUGUCUUCUAAAACCCACAGUGGCCUUGGUGUUGAGGCCGUUAUUCGUCGUGGACCCGCCGGAGCCGAGGUGCGGGUGCAUGUCGGCAAUUUUGCGAUGAUGCGGAGGGCCAAGGUGGAGGUUCCCUUAGAAGUUGAACAGGCAAUGCGGCAGCAGAAUAGCCAGGGCAGAACCAUCGUUAUCGGCGCCGUGGAUGGUGUGGCGCGGCUUGUGGUUGCACUCGCGGACCAGCCCAAGGAGGAGGCUUCAAGGAUCGUAAACGUUUUGUAUCAACAGGGCAUCCAUGUACUAUUGGUAACAGGGGACAACAAGAAUGUGGCAGUGCGUGUGGCAAAUACAGUUGGUAUCCCACCCGAAAACGUCUACGCUGAGACGCUUCCGCCAACAAAAGCCAGCAUAGUACGGCAACUGCAGUCGGAGGGUCACUGCGUCAUCUUUGUCGGUGACGGAAUCAAUGAUAGCCCGGCGCUGGCACAGGCUGAUGUUGGGAUUGCUCUUGGUGCUGGAACUCAAAUCGCCAUUGAAGCUGCGGAUGCAGUGCUUGUAAGCAACAGCCUCGUUGAUAUCCUCAACCUGCAGGCUCUUUCCGUCGCUACUGUCCGACGCGUAUACGGCAAUUUUGUAUGGGCAUUUGGCUACAAUUUAUGCAUACUUCCUUUUGCAAGCGGAAUGUUAUACCCUUUCCUCCAUGUGAGGUUACCGCCCAUACUGGCUAGUGCGGCAAUGGUGCUUUCCAGCAUAACUGUUCUUCUGUCCAGCCUGUCAAUUAAGUGUUUUAGACCCUACAGGCCAGAGCAGUUUGUCCCGCCGUCACAGCAGUAG